GUUAACAAAUUCAAUGAACAUAAAGUCUUCGAAUGUCAACAACUGACUGUUGACUGUAUAUUGAAAGAUUUUGGUUGUAAUGAACGAAUUAUUCGUGCUGAAAGGGAAGAUCAUUAUUUGACUGAACAACAUCAACAUGCCCUACUCAAAAUUGUUCGUCACAUGUUAUCGCAAUUGAAUGACAGACAAACGGAUAUUGAUCUUCCUCGAACAACGACUACAGCUCAAUUAGAAGAACUUUAUGAAAUGCUCAAUAUCUUGGUAAGUGGUAUCGAGACAUUGACUAAUGAUGAACAACGUCUAGCCGAGGAGUCACUUCAAAUACAAAUGAUACUACCAACAUUGAUAGAGGAAUUAUCGAAAGUUAAGUUAUCCAUUGAAGAGUCAAAUGCUUUUCUCGAGGGAGUCAAGUGUAAUCAAGAUAUUCUCAAUCAAGAUUUAGUAUCGUUGCAAGAAACAAUCAAUGAUUUCCAGUAUGUUUCAUAUGAUGGAACAUUAGUUUGGAAAAUAACAAACUUUCAAGAGAAAAUGAGUAAGACAAACAGUUACUCUUAUCUUCAAUGAUAAAAAUAGAAUAUGUUAACGAAAAGAUAAUCAAAGAAUGAGAUGUUAUUAGGCUUCUUCAAAAUCAAUAGAUAAUACAGAAAUAAUUCAACGUUACAUUCAGUACAAUAUAUAAUCAUACACGAAUACAAUAUAUGAGUAAUCUAUUGAUGAAUUGACGAAAUGAUUUAUCAAUACGGUCGAUCCGCUAAAUUUCUUAAUACUUGCUUUUAUUCUUCAAGUAUUUUUUUUUUGUGGAAGUCACGUACUUGAUAAAGGAAAGUAGUGAGUGUCAAUUAUCAGACAAGGUUUUUCGCCCGCAUCUCUCCUAUAGUAAGCUAGAUUAAUAGGUAACAGUGAGGAUGUAGAUCGAUGACUUUAACGCCGCCGAUAGUCAUCGUAGCACUGAUAAAGAUACUCGCAAUAGGCUUUAGUAAACCAGGUUAUCUUCAACGGGUAUACGUUUCCAUAGCAAACAAGGACAAUAGGUACCAGAUUUCUUCUUUAUAAGUCCUUAGCAAGGCAAACAAAUCUGCUGAACUGCAUUCCUAAAUAGCACAGAUUUUGGUUUUUAUAUGCAGAUCACCAAUUAUAUCUAAGAUAUUAUAGAUGAUGGCCAGUAAUGUUUAGAUUUGUCAAGUUAUCAUAUGACCAACACUAAAAGUAUGAAUUAAACAACUUGUGGCUUUCUGAAAUCUUUAAUAUCAGGUUUCUGAGGUUAUCAACAUAAAUAAUAGUAUAUUGAAACAUGUUAUAGACAUAAUAGAUGUGUACAACAGACUUGUAUGCCAUUUAAAUGCACAAUUAGAAUAAUAAUAAUAGUAAUUUAAGAAAAACGAAAGGAAAAAAAGAAAUAACUACCGAAUACCAAUGGUAUAAAUAAAAAAUAGAGCACGAGUAAAAAACGGAAAGAAAAAAAUCUUGCCGAAAUGUAGAAAUGAAUAAGACAGAUCGUUUUCCUGGCGAUCGACUAUCCUUGGAAAAUCAAUACAAUCUGUUAGAGACUUUUCACUUAACCUAUUUUGCAUUAGUGUAACGAAGCUGAAAAAAAAUGUGAGUUCCACAUUUUAGUCUCAAAGAGACUGCGCUAAUGAACGUUUUUGCUUAAUUUUUAGUUGAUGCA